UUAUCUGUUAACUUUUUUAUAGGGGCAUGUAUCGAUUUGGAUCUUGGUUUGGAAAACGAGAGAAUUUCAGAUGGUAAUAUAACCGCUUCUUCAGUACAAAAUGCUAGCACACCAGCCAAGAAUGGUCGACUGAACUACACAUCAGGAUCAUCAUGGUGUGCAGGAACAGGUGACACCAACCCAUAUGUACAGAUUGAUCUACAGACACUUCAUAUCAUCUGUGCUGUGUCCACUCAAGGGAAUUCUCAAGCAGAUCAGUGGGUGAAGACCUACAAACUACAAUUUUCCAUAAAUGGGACAACUUGGACGGACUACAAGGAAGCUGGACAAGUUAAGGUGCAAUGUUUUCUAAGUAAUGACAAUUUGAGUACAAAAAUACAACUUGUUUUACAUGAUGUAUUUCAUGUUGUGAAAAAUACGUGAACAUUGUACUCACAAAUCAGAUCUUUUUGUACUAACAUAGGUUGCCUUUUUUAACAAUCUCAUUUUUACUUAACCUAGUCACCAAUUUACUUGAAGCCUACAGUAAUUUUCAUUAUGUAUCUGUAAUAUUAUUUAAUGUUAUAACUUUUGAAAAUCUUAGUUCUUCAUGGGGAAUGAUGACAGAAACUCAGUGGUAAAGCAUGUUGUUUAUGAACUGCUGACAAGAUAUCUGCGUUUCCUGCCACAAACAUACCAGGGUUGGGUGUGUAUGAGAACAGAGGUGUUUGGAGUGAAACAAAAGCCAGGUAUAUGUGCAGGCAUGAUAAUAUUACAUAACCAAAGGAGAUCCAAUGUAUACAUUUAUGAUAUUGCUGGCAAUGCAUGUGGGCAAUAUGAAGUGAAUCCUAUGUUCUGAUUGGCAACCUAAGUGGGCAAGAUGAGCCAAUCUUGCCCACUCAGGAUUGCCCUCUUUGAUCCUGUGCAAGAAAAAGUGGACUUAUAAAGUUAGUAACUUUCACAUAAUGUCAGUGAUAAAGUUGCAAAAAGAAGCAGAAUUUAGUCAAAACCAAAAACCAAAAAAAAAAACCUUUUUGGGUUUAUUGUGCUACAAACACAGUUAACCUUUUUUCCUGGCUCUCAAAAUAAACAAGUCAUUCUUGGUUCUUAUUAAAGCAAAAAUAAUGUUUAGUUAUAUAAUAAAUCCUUUAUUAUUGACCAGGCUGGUUAAGUUAAGACAGCUGAACAUUAACUUGGUUAUUUUUUCCAUUUUUGUGGACCUUUACUUUGACUCGGUCAAUAAAAUUAUAAAAAAUGGAACUUGGCCAGUAUACAGCCAUCUUGACCUCACACUUGGUCAAUAACCCAUUUAUAUAUGUAGAUUUUAUAUUCUGGUAUUCUUUGAUACUUUUAGAAAAGAUUUGCUUGCUUAGCAAGUCCAUUGUUCAAAACUAAGUUUCUUUGAGAUUAUCUUUGUGGAAGGUUUUGUCAGUGUUAAGUGAAAUAUAGACAAACAGAGGCUUGGCAAAUUGUAGUAUGGUGCAAUUGUUAAAUCAACUGAAUAACUAGGCAAAAGGUAGCCAUUUUACAACGGAAGUGAGGAAAUGAUACUAAUAGCUUUAAUCUGAAAUGGGUAAUUCAUAAGCUAUUGUGGGAUUGAACUCUAACAUGAAACUAAUUGGCGCAAAUAUCUCCUACAUGACAGAGAAGUGUAGGUACAGUACAACUACACAUAACAAAAAAGGUGUGGAAGGAAAUCUAAGAAUUUAGGAAAAUAACUACAUAACUCUUUUUCUUUUGUUUUACAUUAUCUUGAGUGGUACCACUCUGUUACAGUGGUAAGUUUUUCUUGGCCCAUGUGGUAACAUUUUCUUCAAUAUCUGUUCACAGAGAACCUUGCCCUGAGGAAGGCUUCAGCUCAGUCUUCAACAUUCAACUAUACUGCCGCUAAUUUUUAUGGUGUGUCUGGAAAAGCAGUGGAUGGAAAUACUAACACUAACUUUUUAAAAGGGAGCUGUUCACAUACUCAGACUAAUAACCCCAGUUGGUGGAGAGUGGACCUGGGUUCAGACGAUGUUGAUGUCUCUGAAGUUCAUAUAGUCAACAGGUUCUCACAACAUGUGGUUACUGAAGACUACAAAAUAACAUUAGGUGAGUUUUGUUAUCCUUUAAUUGAAUGUAAGGUCAACCAUGCAUACAUCACCUUAUAAUCAGCUGCUAAACAACAGGCCAGUUUGGAUGUUGCAGGAAUUUUUGAAACCUCGGCUAAGCUGUAUUGACCUUGUUAUUAAUUAGCCCAGAUGUUUUUUACUUGUCAUUGCUCAGUCAAUAUAGGGCCUCAGUUUAAGAUUUUCUAGCAUUAGGAUCUCACUCUUGGUUACUCAUAGAGUUCAGUGAGUUCAUGUAGAUGGGACUGGAGUUCUAGAACCAGGGCACUCAAGUGUCAUCAUUUGUCCACACUGUACCUUCGCAUGGGACACUCAGAAGUUUACCUCCAGUAAUAAUGUUUUUACCUGGCCACUCUGUUAAGGCUAUUAUUACACUUACAAAAUUAAUGUGAUUAAAUCCUUGUUUUGGUAGUUUUAAUUUCUUUUUAAUAUGCCAAAUAACAUUUCCAGGAUGUUUACUUAGCUGAAGAAUCUAUUUCAAAUUGAUCAUGUUUGCCACAUGGAACCAAACUCUACUAGUAAUUCUGACUUUCAGUGCCUCAUAAUCUGCAGGUAGCUCUCCUAAUGUUGUAAGCAACACCCCCUGUGGAGGACUCUAUGAUUUUCAUAACUUCACUGCAUCAGCUGUUUGUUUUACCAAUCCACUGAAAACUGGUAGAUAUGUAGGGAUUUUAACCACAAAGAUACAAAGUCUUGAGCUGUGUGAGGUAGAAGUCUAUUCACGAGGUAACUUUUCACUUACUCUUUAUACUAAACUUAAUGUAGAAGUGAAGUCACUUUUCCUCUUUUAAAAAUUGACUCAUCCAAGACUUUUUUAUAUACACAUUAAUUUAGGUUGAGUAUACUUAUGUUUGCAUGUUUAAUGUACAAACUGUAUUUACCAUUAUGAUAAUUACUACAGCCAAAAGUCAUAUUGAAUUUUAAGUAGCACAAAAGCCUUGAAAAGUACACCUGAUUUUAUGAUGAUAUUGAUGAACAAUUGAAUGUAACCAGAGGUAGAUAAAUCAAGUGCCCCUGGAAUAUGUUCUUGUAGAGUGCAUAAAUCAAGACUUUUGUUUAAUCUCACAGAAACUCUUUAACCAUAAAGAUCUUAGAAAAGUUUUGUUGGGAAUUAUUUUACAGUCAUGCUUGUGAGAAAUGUCUUUUGAUAAGUAACUUAAAUAUAGGUUUAUUUGCUAUUUGAAUAUAUGCAUACUAGAACACUUUUCCUUGAUAUUUAGGUCUUAAAAUUUAUCUUUGGUCUGUUGCCUCAAUAAGAGUUUAAGAAUAGUACAAUUUAUCUUCCAGUAUGUCAGCAAUUUUAAAUCUUUAAUCAAUCAAUCAAUCAAUCAAUCAAUCAAGCAAUAUAAGUAUGUCUCUCUAUUAAUUUACCAGUUAGGGAUGACCAGUAGAAUUUAUAUAGUAGUACACUGUAGCUUAAGAAUGGAGUAAAAUGCUAUAAUUACAAUGGAGGUAUAUUUUUAAUUUCAAAAUUUAUACAUACACCUGUACAUUAUUUUUUUUUUCUUAUAUCAAAAUUAUUGCAGUUUGGUGUCCUUUGCUUUCCAGCUUUUUGGCAAAGGCUGGUAUAUCUGUAGGCUGCCCAAAAUGUAAUAUCUACCAGCAACCAGUUUUUUAAAAAUACCCUUUGUUUUAAUUUUUCUAUAUAAUGUACAGUGUAACAAACAUAUUCAGUACAACUCAAUGAAACUGUCAUUCUAUGAUCAGUAUGUGGACAGCGAUCACCUUUGUCCAGGGAAACUUUUCUUUUUUUUGUCAAUACGACUUCAACAUGGACAAAGCGUGUAAAUCAUUAAGGAUUCCGGUUUUAAUCGACUCAUGUGCAAUGAGGCGCUAGAAUUACCUAGGGACACUGGACACCACCAAGUAUCCUAGUGACCGAUUGCAGAUUCGUCAAAACAAGUUGACUGGCUUUAUUGAUCGCACACCUGUCUUGAUUACAUGAGCUAAAUGCACGGUUGAAUAAAAACAUGAUGGCACUUCCACAAACUGUGGGCUUCAAAGCUGAAGCAGUCAAUGAAGAAAGAGUUUGGUGUGCAUGCACUGUUGAAGAAGUAGACAAUGUUUACGUGAUUGUUUCCUUUGACGGCUGGAAUGCAGAAUGGAAUGGCUGUGUCUGUGAUCCACGAGAGAUCAGGGAUCGAACAUUGCCUGAUCAGAAAAGAAAGCGAAGAAACCUUUCCCUUCAGUGAACAAUGUCUUUGCUCUAAGAAAACUGACUUUUACUUUUAAAUAUCACCCAAACUUAUGUAAGCAAAAAGCUCAAAUUACGGUUCUCUUCAAUUUCAGGCAUGAAUUCAAUUCAAUUCAAUUCAAUUCAAUUUUAUUUGUUAGCAAUACAAUAUUAUCACAGACCUAGGUGACCCGCAAUUAGCAAGCUAUUCUAGGCGGGCCACCCUUCUAAAACAAGUGCUGUCUCUGCUAAGGAUCACAUACCGAUACAAUUAAACAAAGAUAAUCAUUAAUAAAAAUACAAUUGUUAAAUAAAAUAAAAUAAAAUUAAGUCCGUUGAAUAAUUAAAUAAUCAAUUGCAAAGUUAUCAAGAUAUAUAAUACAAUUGAAACAAGACUUAAACGAAGAGUUACUUUAUCAAGAGAUAUUUACAAAUUUCAGAGCAGCGUAUAUCAACAUUCAUCUCCUCAAUUUCCAAAAGUUUUAACAGGCGAUUUUUAAGUUCACGCUUAAACGGGGUUCUGUUUUUAAUACGAAGUUCUUUUGGGAUGCUAUUCCACAAUCUUACACCUAUUCUAGCAAAAGAAAAUAAAAGUUGGUUAGUUCUAGACGCUUUAACGUACAGAUUAGCCGUUGCUGAGAAUCUUGUGAAAUGGUGAUGAACCUGCUCGGAGUGGAUAAAGAGCAUAGAAAUAUUAGACGGGGCACGGUGAUUAUCAAUGUCAUGCAUCAAAGAGGAAACCAAAUGAGAAUAGAGCAUAGUUAUUGGUAAGAUUCUGGAGUUAACAAAUAGCGGGGCACUUAUUUAAAUGAGUGUUAGCAGCUUGUCCCCAGGCAAUAAGACCAUAAGAGAUAUAGGGUUCAAUUAAGGAGCGGUAGAUGUUAAGAAGUGUGGCAAAUGGGACAAGAUGUCUUAACCUGGCAAUUAUACCAAUUCCUUUACUAACUUUAGAUGAGAUAUAAUCAAUAUGAUACUUCCAAGAGAGGUUAUUAUCUAUCAGAAUUCCUAGAUAUUUCACAAAAGUUUUUGUUCUAGAGAUACACUUUUUUUAAGAUCGUUAUUAUAAAUUUUCAAGUGAACUAUGUAGUCCAAUUUGCGUUGGUAAGGAUGGAAAAUAACAAAGUUAGAUUUACUAGUGUUAAGAGAAAGUUUGUUUGCGUCCAACCAGUCACCCACUUUUGCAAGUUCAUCAUUAACAACUUUUUCAAGAUCCUUAAGAUCUUUGUUUGAAUAAAGCAAGUUAGUAUCGUCAGCAAAUAGGUAAAACUCAAAAAUCUGGGAGCAACGGUAAAUGUCGUUAACAUAAAUCAAAAAAGAGAAGGGGCCAAGUACAGACCCUUGAGGGACACCACAAACUAUCUCUUCUAUAUUCGACACGGUUGAACCAAUUUGAGUCGACUGGUUCCUGUUCAACAAGUACGAAGAGAACCAGUUAUUAAUUAUUCCUCUGACUCCAUAAUGAUAUAAUUUGUGCAGUAAGAUUGAGUGAUCCACCGUAUCAAAAGCCUUUUUAGGUCAAUAAAAAUACCACAAGAGAAUAACUUUGCAUCAAUAUUAGUUUGAAUUUUGCUUAAGAUAUCUAAAAUUGCAUGUUGGGUUGAACACUUGUCUCUAAAUCCAUAUUGAGAAGUAAAAAGAUACCGUUUUUUUCGCAAUGUGAUUUAAGACGUUUAGCCAUCAAUUUCUCAAAUAAUCGAUUGAAGACAGAAAGGAGGGAAAUUGGGCGGUAAUUACAUGGAUCAGUUUCGUCUCCCGAUUUGUAGAUAGGAAUUACUUUGGCAUGCUUCAAAAGAUGGGGAUAAAUACCCGUUGAGAUAGACUUAUUCAUCAUGGCAGCUAAGAGUGGAGAAAGGAUAUGGCGCCCAGAUUUUAAAAGAUGAACCGGGCAAGAAUAUAGGCCAUAUACUUUAUUACUGGGUAUAGCCAAGAUUUCCAAGUCCACCUCGGAUGGAACGACGGGAUCAAAAAGAAAGACUUAAAGUGAUUAGUGCCGACAAGGUAGUCCUGGAAAUUUAUCCUGGAAGGUGAUAUAUUGCGUGCAAGCCGCGGUCCAAUAGACGCAAAGUACUGAUUAAAGAUAUUGGUUAUUUCAGACGGAUUUUGUGUUACUCCAGAGUUGUUAGAGCGUUGAAGGGCUGAUACUGUUUUUCUGUUACGCUGUCUGUUCAAUAGUUCAUUAAUCCCCCCACGUUUUUUUUUAACAUUUCUUAGAUUUGUAGUGAAGUAAGCUUCAUAAUACAAUCUUUUACUGAGACGAGAAAGAGUAACAAUUCUAUUCCUAUACAGCUUAUAUUUUGAGAUAUCUCCUGAAUAAAAGAGUCUAUUCUUUUAUUUUGAUAGAUUUACGUAGGCCCUUAGUUAUCCACGGUUUGGAAAAUUGUUUAGCCUUGCGCCUAGAUAAGAUUUUGAGAGGAGCGUGUUUAUUAAUGAGCUUGUUAAAUUUAUUGUAAAAGGAAGAAAAGCAUUUGUCUACAGAUCCAUAUGUCAUUGAGUUAUCCCAAUCAGUAUCCAAGACAUCAUUAAUAAAGCAUUCUUCAGAGAAGUUGGAAUAAUCGCGAAUUUUAUGUUUAGCAGUAAAAUUUUUGGUAUAAGACUGUGGAUAAAACAAAAUUGGGAGUAGUGAUCACUAAUGUCUGACACGAUAUUUCCACCUGAAAUUUUAUGAUCAAAUCUAUUCAGAAAUAUAUUAUCAAUGAGUGUGGCAGAAUUAUUGUAGACUCUAGUUGGUUUAUCAAUUACCGGGAAGAACGAAUAACAUUGUAAAGAUAACAAAAAUUUUGGGAGUAAUCGGAAAUUUCAGAUUUGAGGAGAUCAAUAUUGAAAUCGCCCAUAAGAUAAACAACUUUAUCAGAGGAGCUAAGUUUUUCUAAAGUAAAGUCAACAUAAUGGAGGAAUUGUUCCGGAUCAUUAUGCUGCCUAUAAAUCACUCCACAAACGAUAUUUUUACUCUUUAGGGAUUCAAUUUCGAUCCAUAAAGCCUGAAAAGCGUCUUUAGAUGUUCUCUCCAGAACCUUAUAUUUCAAACAAUUAUUAAUGUACAUUCCAACACCUCCACAUGAUAGAGGUGUUGGGACAUAUUCAAACUGAUAGUUUGGUAUGCAGGCAUUGAAAUCUAGCCCAGAUGAAUUUGUAAUUUUUGUUUCUGUAAUACCGAUUACACUGAAUUGGUAGUCAAGUUCAUCUAAAAGAUGGACUUGAAAAUUAUCAAUGUUUUUCCGCAAACUUCUUACGUUAGUAUGAAGCAUAGAGAAAGGACAUUGACUAUCUGAUUCAACAAAGACUCUUUAAACAUAGAAAAACUAUAGGGUGAGAAAUAUUUACAUCUAAUUUGUUGCAUGCUUAAGUUUCUGUCGGGAUUUAAUGUUGAUUCGGUAUUUAAGCGAAACAAAUCUAAAUCAUAAAUACUAUGAAGUUUGUCUAAGUACUUCUUGGUCGGUAAGUCACUGUUGAGAAUGUUAUUAAACUGUCCAUGAGCUCUAAUAAUUUCAACAUUCGCGUAUGGAAGUUCGCUUAGGGUAGAUUUAAUUGUACAACGAACACGUUUCUUGCUAACACUCAUACUUAUUAUCUAAAAACAGACAAACAACUCUACAUCAACAUGAAUACUUAGCCUUCACGUCCAUUCGUUAAUCGGUGCAGGUCCGUGAUAUCCUUAAUCUUGAUGGCUCGAGACGUGGUAUCUUUACGAAGAUAAACAAGCGAUCCCUUCGACCAGCAAUACUGAUAGUGAAACUGCUCCUUGAACCUCUUAGCUUCAAAUAAAACCUUUUGCAUCCUUGGCGUUAAAUGGUCAAAAAUUCUAACAGCGGAAAGGGAGGCAUCGUCAGGUAAACCAACAGCAGAUGGGGCAACUUUACUUGCAUUUCUUUUAUGAUUCAUGACAUCAUCUUUUGACAAUCGUCUAAUAAAUCGGCAAAUGAUUGGCCGCGGGCCGCCAAUUCGCAUAAUCUUUCAUGGACGAAAUCUUUAUGACUUUCAAAGAUCAAAACCAUUUUCUAAACUACAUCUGCUUUAUCUUUAUCUUUAUCCACUUAGCAAACAAAGCUUUCCAAAUUACAGUCAAAACACCAGACAUAUUUCACUUUGAAUUUUUCGAUCUAUCCUAGUUUCUCAGACUGCAUCCAAAAAGGUUUUAUUACACAGCUUCCAUCUAAGACUCCCAGUGGAACAUGAUGUAAAAUACAUCACGUGUUACUGGGUAACAGUGCUCAUACAUAUGCAUGAACCCCACUCAAGUGGGGUUUGCAGAAUUACACACUUUGUCCAUGUUGAAGUCAUCAUGGUGUGUACAUUUUCUCCUAGAAAAUCUGGCAUUUCAAAAACCAACAUAUCAGCACAUAAGGACAUUAGCAGGCGGCACAAGUGAUAGAGCAGUUGAUGGAAAUAGCAAUAUGAACUUUGCGGGUGAAUCAUGUUCAUUUGUGCAAGACGAUCCAUUUCCAUGGUGGAGAGUGGAUCUAGGACAAGAUGAGUUUGUGACUGAAGUGUAUGUAGUUGGUUUACUUGAUGCAAAUCAUCUGAGAAAAUUUGAAAUCAGAGUUGGUAGGUUAAUACACUUGCAGUAAUGGUUAUUUUUGAAGUGGUCAAUGCACUCUUAGCUUAAUGUCCUCAAGAAAAGAGGGGAAAAUGGUGUGCUGUGGUUUCCAGCUUCGACAAAAGCUGGAUUGGACCAGGUUGGAUCAUGGUCAGGAUCAGGGAUCAGAUCAUGGGUUGCAUCAUAGACCAAACAAAAUAGUUUUCAAAAAAUUAGAUAAAAAAAAUAUAUAUAUAUAUAUAAAUGUGGGGGUAGAGUCUAUCUUGGUCUAUCUCUUUCUAAAGUGCUCAAUGCUGUGGCAGCAGAGCUAAGUAUACAUAUGUUAAAGAACUAAAGAGGACGCGUCAAUUCUCUGUAUGAAUCAAUGCAACCUCUUUAAUUUUUUAACUUAUGUAUAUAUGUAUAUAUAUAUAACUGUUUUUGAAAUAAGAAAUAAAAAUAAGAUUGAAAAACUAAAACAUGUUAAUUUAAAUUAGAAAUGUUGCAUGACAAGCCAAAAUGAAAUCUGUGUGACAUAAAAAAUUGCUUUACAUGAAUUGCACUCAUGCAUUUCAGCUGUCAUAUUUAAACCAUUCUUACUCCUCACCUAGCCUCUUCUCUUGUGUGUGGUUAGUAAUAUUGAAUGUGAGAUGAUAUUAAAAAAAGUUAGUUAAAUGCAAGAAGAUUUCGUUUUCAGUAUGAUUUACAAAAUAUGGUAAAAUACUUCUCCAGGAAACUAAAGUGCUCGUUUAUGCUUUGGUCAUGGUGAUAUAAACAAGUGCUAAUAAACUUUGCAGUAUAUGAUGACAUUUUGCUCUGCAUUUUUUUUAAUUCCCUGUGUUUUCAAUACAUUCUCAGAAAUAAUAGAUUGGGAAAUUUCUAUCCGUUUGAAUGUUACUUCUUUGAGUAGAAAAGAUGAAAAAUCUGAUUUUUGCCCUUGCAAAUGGGGAGUCAACUCAUACACAUAUAAAUACAGUAAUAAUGGACUGUUGAAAUGAUUCGUACCUCUUGCUUGCCUUUGUCCAUGGUGGCACUACACAAAACUCCUUGACACAGCUGUGAAAGUGACGACAUGGAGUUUUGGGGCAAAAAAGCUUCCAGUGGGGCCUACAUAUGCUCCAUUAUGUCACUCAGACUUUUACUUUGAGGUAAUUUGGUUUUAUUAAUGAGUUGAUAAGGUAAAUUGGCCUCUGUUAAGAUUUCAGAAGCUGAUGUUUCAAGUGUUAGCCCUUUGUCAGAGGGAAACAUUCCUUUGUCAUUCACUCUGACAAAGGGCUAACACUCAAAAUGUCAUCUUUUAAAAUCUAAACGGGGACCAAUUUAUUUACAUUAUCAACUCUUAUAUUUUGUUUAUUAUUAAUUUUUCAAAACUCUUUUUUCUGAUCCAUGAUCCAAUCUGAUCUGGUCCUGGUUUUGCCAACGCUGCUGUGGUUUCCACAUUCUUGUCAACCCUCAGCCAGAGCUAUUUCUGUAUGAACAUGCAUCAUAUAAUUGCUGUUAGGUUUAGAUGUUGGUGUUUUGAUUUGACAGUUGUACACAUAGAUACCCUUACACGGUUGUGCUCUGCUGGUUCCUGGUUACCAAAAGGAACUGAGUUUUAGCUUCAGGCAACUGGAAACAUUGCCAUUUUGCUGAGUGGGUUGGCUGGCUGUGCUCUUUUUACUCUCUUUUCAAGUUGGAUGCAUGAUUAUGCUCAUUGGCUAAAAUCAUGGCUGCUGCCAAAUGACAGAAGGGAAGAAUCUUCAUAAUUUGAAGGAACAGGAGCAGUUUUGAUAGUUAAGGGGCUACAUUGAAAUUUUAGUGUGAGCUCUGUCUUGAUGAUGUGUAAAAUAACUGCCAGACAAUCACAAGUAUUGGCAGGGACUAGCUUAUUACAAAUAAUAAUACUAAUAGCAGUAUCUGUUUCUGGUAAUUGGCUUGUAUUACUGAGCAUCAUGCCCUUGCUAUGCAUAACUUUUGAGUCAGUCUAGCCUACACACUAGAAAAAGGGCGGCUUUUAUUAAGGCAAAGGCUCACUAGGGAGGUAAAUCUUGCUUGUUUUGAAAGUGGAUAUCUCUGUUUGAUCAGUAUAUGUCUUACAGUCAUCUCUUUUAAGUUGUUUGUACUUUUUAACAGUGAUUUAUUAUUACGGUAUUCUUUCAGGCACAGUAUCAAGUAUUAAUGAUACUAGUAUGAGUAGUCCCAAAUGUGGUAGGGCAGUUACUCAUAACCUUCGUCCAGGAGAAGGUUUGUCAUUCUUCUGCCAUCCUAGUUUGAAAGGAAGAUAUGUCACCAUCAGGGAUGUUAGGCCAGGUGAAUCCGCAUUCAAUCUUUGUGAAGUUGAAGUGUAUUCAGAACAAAGAGGUAUGGCAUAUCUGGAUAUUUUGAAGAACUACUCUUAACUGCCACUUUAUUCAGCUGAGGUUCCAAUCUGCAUUCUCAGGAAAAUUUGGCGUUUAAUUUCUGUAUGUAGACAUGUAGGUACUUCAACAUUGUUAAAUAAAUGUAAAGUUGUGUGUAGCAUAUAAGUAUGAUUAAGUUUGGUUUAACAGUCAAUAUACAUACAUGGCCCACCUUAAAACUUUUAUUAUUAACCUGUAAAUCAAUAGGUGUUUUUAUCUUCAAUUAGAGGCUAAAAGGUGAUAAAGCUAAUUUAUUUUUCAUUUUUCAUUUUUUGAGCCUUGAGUUUGCACUCAACAACAACAACAGGUCUUUACACAAAUACCUCAAAUCACUGGUAAAAUAGUUGAGGCAUGUUUAGAUGUUGCAGUACACUUGUGAUUGUUACUGUACAUGUAUGAUAUACCAGUACUGAUUCUCUGGGUUGAAACCACUGUUUAUGGUAAUUAUGAUUGUCUUUUAACAGCAUGUCAUAGUCAGGCAAUUGGAUUGACCAGCAGUGAUGCAAUUCCAGAUGGCAGCUUCUCAGCCCCAUCAUCUUUUAGUAAUGCCCGCCAACCUUGGGUUGGUCGUCUGAAUUUAAAUAGCCGGGGUUGGUUAGCAGAGACUAACAAAAAUCCUGCUGACUACCUUCAAAUUGACCUGCUCUAUGAUUAUGUCAUCUGUGCUGUAGCUACCCAAGGAGGUGUUGGUGCUGAUCAGUGGGUAACAAAGUACAAGAUUCAGUUAUCAUUAAAUGAUACCACCUUUUACAUUUAUAGAGAAAACAACACUGAGAAGGUCAGUUUGAUCUAAUUGAAAUAUCAUGCUUAACUUGGUUGAAUUUUUUCAUAUAUUUUUUUCUUGUAGUUACAUAGAAAUACACUUAGUUGUGCCUAAUGUUUUGUAAAACAGAAGAAUAAUGGAUAAUUAUGUAAGAGCAUUUUGGUAUGUGUAAAUUUGAAUCAGUUUUAUUACCAGGUUAAGUGUUGGUGGAAAUGAAUGAAAGAACUAAAAUGAGCUUCAUAGGUCAGGUCUUUCAGGCUUUAAAAUGCUUAUUUUUGAGGGCGUAAUGUAGACCAGUAUAUGAUAACCUACUAACAUGGAAUGUUGACAUGGCUUACAGUUUGAUAUGAAGUGACUCAUUUCGCUUGAUCAAAUGAUUUAAAACUGUUUCUGCUAGAAUUACAGCUGUAGAUUAUCCUCUUUCAUCAGUGUUUCUGUGAUGGUGUUAGCUACAAUUUUUAUUGGUUGGAUGUAGGCUUGUUGAUAAUUCAAAGCCAAGGAAAACUGUUGUCACAAAAAGUUCAAAUUUUCAUGUGAAGUGAAUAAACUUGUCAGUGUCUAUUAUUGUUGACUUGCUUUUGCAAACAGUAUCAUUUAUUAGUUUUGUGUAAUCUUUUGAUAUUUUAGGUCUUCAAUGGAAACUCUGGGAGAAAUGACAUAGUAAAACAUGGUCUGAGGGAGUAUGCUUUGGCAAGGUUCAUCCGUUUUGUGCCAAUGGAGUAUCAUGAUUAUAAGGCAUUGAGAGUGGAAGUUUAUGGAGUUCUCUUAUCUACAGGUACUGAUUCUAUUUUCUCUGUGCCAUAUCAUUGAAAUCCUACAAGUGUUGCAAAAGGUGGAAGGGAAUAUUACGACUUACCUUACUUAAAAAUGUUGUAUAUAAUCACGUAGCCUACUGAUAUCAUGCUGUAGAAAAUAUAGCCAAUCAGAUGGAAUUCAGGAAUUCAAUGUAUAUUUGAUGGUAUUGCGCCCACUCCUCUUAUUGUGUGCUGUGAUCUUAUUCCUGUGAAAAUCAAGCAUGUGAUACCAUUUCUAGUGUAUUUCAAGUGCUGUUUAAGCCAUGUCAGAACCAAAUUCUUCCCUCAACAUUAAUGUUCAGGUAAUGACAAAAACAAGUGACUUGUGGGAUAUUCCAUGGUAUACCACUCAGCAUUGCAUAACUGGUGUAUAUUUGAGUGAUAUAUGUAUAUGCUCUGUGUAUAUAAUCAAAUUUAUAAGUUAUUCCUUAAUUUAAGGAAAUCAGAUUAGCAUUUAGUCACAUCUUUAAUGGCACUCAUUUAAUCCAUCAGGGAUUCAUAUAGUCACUGAGGUUCACUUCGUGUCAGACUCGAAAGAGCUUGAAAUUCUGACUUGCAAACUCUUAGGGAGGACACAACCACUGUGAUACUACAGAAAUAACACUUCAUCAUUAUUAACAACUUUCAUCUUUGUUAAUCAAUUCAGUUCCUUUAAAGGCACAUGACCAUUGUGAAACUGUAUAAUUAAAUACCAUAUAAUCAUUUUAUUCAACACUCCAGUUCCAUCACAAGCUCCAGGCAACUUCACUGUGACUGUUACGUCAUCUACUAGUAUAAGAGCAUCAUGGACAUCACUGCCAGAAUAUGCCAGACAUGGAACAAUAACAGGUUAUAAGGUGUUUUACAGACAGGAGGGCUCAGUGAACAAUUCAGUCAUGGAGUCUGUUAUUGGAACAGAAAUUUUAACUAAAGAUUUUGCUAAUCUUAACAAGUAUACCAAAUAUGAAUUUCAAGUGUUGGCCAUGGGAUCUCAUGGUGAGGGACCAAAAAGUCCUGUAAUGGUUGGGCAGACACUGGAAGAUGGUAAGAAGGCUAAAACUAAAUAGUGUAGGUUGUAAGAAACAUUUUUUCCAAAAAAACACUUAGCUUUUUGUCAUGAGACUGGAACAUACUUCAUGUGUACAUCUUGCCAGGUUUAUUGUAUUGAUAUUGUGCAUGAUAUUGUCAGAGUUAAGCUAUUAUAAUUAUUAAGAGUUAACUGCCCUCUGCAGUUUAAGUGAACAGGUGCAUCAUCUAAUUUGUACAUUUUUUCUGUGAAAGAUCAAGUUUAUUUCAGUACAGUUUAAAUAAUAACCUUCAUCUUCCAUUUCUUUACUACUUUAGCACCAAGUAUUCCUUCAACUCUUUCUCACUCUGAGAUAAAACCAGAUAAACAAGUUGGUCCAAAGUUAAAGCUCACCUGGCAUAAGCCAGCAGAAGAAAAUGGAAUUAUCAGGAGUUACACUGUGUUUUAUAGUCAUGAUGAAGAUCCUCAUAACAUUAACACUGAAACCUUAGGAGGAAAGAUGUUAAGUUACACAGUAGAUGUGUUAGGUGGGGCCACCUAUCAGUUCCACGUCAGAGCUGCAACGAUCAAACCUGGACCAAAUGCAACCUUGUCUGUUACUAUUAAUGAUUAUGGUAGGUGUAAAUUAGAAAAGAUUAUGAUCAAUAGGCCAGUUUUGAUAUGCUAAAAUUCUAACAUAGCUCUGUUGCUAAGGGGAAUAAAACUAAAAAAACUAAUUAUUCAUCUCACAACCUCCAUGUGAUUUUUUUUGUUUUAUUCCCCUCACCCUCGGUGCCAAGUUUGAAUUUUAUUACAUUGAAAAUUGCCUAUUAAAUUCACUUUCAACUUUAAUGUUAUCUGAUAAGUGUAGAUGGUAAGUUAUAUCAAGGUAGACAAAUAGAGAACAGCUGCAUUACAGGAGUGGUACAGGAAGGACUCUCCUUAUCAACUCCAAGUUCUUUCCAAGAUACAUGUAGUAUUGAAGGACUGGUAAACAUGAUUGUAUUCAACAUGAAUGACUACAUACCUAAAAAAAAAUAAAAAUGUGAUGAAGGGGAAAAGAGGGAAGAAUUACUGAAAUACAAUUUAGAUAAACUUUGAGGAUAAAUUUUUGAUCCAAUGUGAUUCAGAAAUAAUUAUUUAUGAAAUUUUUUCGUUCAAUGACAGACAGCUGACCAUUUAUCUGAAUUGGUAUAUUUUUUUAUUCCCUUUUGUCAGAACCCAGUGUAGCACCAAAUGAUGUGUCUUUCAGUAGACUGAACCAAACAACCUUCAAUAUUUCAUGGUCACCCCUGACAAGAAAAGAGAGUUAUAGCAAAGUUAUCUCAUAUGAGGUCAAGAUAUCAUUAGUGUCGUCUGGAAGUCAACAAAAGAGAUCUCCAGCCAACAGCAAAACUGUUAACACAACAAAAGCAUUUGUUAUCCUGUAUGAUAUUCAGCCUUGUUACAAUGUGUAUGUCCGAGCAUACACUAAAGCUGGCCCUGGACCAUAUGGUCAACCUUUACCUCUGGAAUUGAGUAAGUUUCAUUUUUUUUCCCACAAAUUAAAUGUAGAGCAUGCAAAAUUUUGCUUCAAAGUCAUUAAUUUAGAGUGUAUAGAAGCUUGAUGUUUAGUCUGAUUCAAAAUCACCAGUAAGAGUAAGAAAAGCAAGGCAUUUUGGCUGUCUUUGGUUGUAGCUUAAUUCGGCUAAUAACCAGGAAAUUGAUUAAUUGAAUAGGGGUGAUAUUCAAAAUGCACCCCCUAGUGUACCUAGGGAAACAAGUUGCAAUGUUUCCCAUACAUUUUUCAGCGCAAAUAGCUGUACAUUUUAACUCAUAAUCACAUUAUUUAAUUUAUUCUUAUUACUCACAUGGACUAUUUGUACAAAUAAAAAAACUACAGAAAAAGUAGGAAAUUAAUAAAAGCGCAUUUACUGAAUACACAAAAGAAGGAACUUACUCUGGAAUCUAAAAAAGCUAUGAUACUUACAUUGUUUUACUUACUAAUAUGACAAAGUACCAGGGGCACCCAACAACCUGAGGGUAACAGACUCUCAGUCAACAGAGAUGACACUGGAAUGGGAAAUACCCCAACCUGCUAUGGGAGAAGAGUGGAAGGUGAUAUUCUUAAUUUUUAAGUCUACUUUCCUGUAAAAACAUGGAUUUUGACAAAUUUGAAUACAACUCUUUUAAGUUGAGAAUCAGAAACUACUAUUUUUGUGAUUUUUGUAAUUCCUAACCUAAAGAGUGUUUUUAAUCCUUAAACUCUCUAGAUCUCAUUAGUAAUUCUCUUUACUGUCUGCCAUACUAUUCUUAUGAUGUUAGUUUGGAGAAAUAAUCCCCUAAUCAAUAUUUUACUUUAUUCUCGUCACUCCUAUGCUUGACAUUGUAUUGAAAUUGUUAAGGGAAAUUCUGUCUUGAUCAUUCAUGGGAGUUAAAGGGUUAAAGGAGCACUGACGGAAAUGACAUCUGUCGUAAUGAAUAUAAUGUAUAAGUGUACUAGAGAACUGGUACCAUCAGUAUGACUACCAUUUAAGAGCAGCUACUGUAAUAGUUACUGUAAUAAGUGAGAGGAGUUAUAUGUACAUGCACAGCUAUAUGUAUAUACAUAAAAUUAGGUUUUUUUGUUUUGUGCUGUGAUCACGAAAAUGCACGUCCACGUGGGAGAUUUUAUUUGUAAAUAAAUUAGUGCAGGUGUGGUAUUUACUGUAUCUGCAUUUGACUCAAUUGUUUGAUUGUUAAGGUUGAGUACUCUGGGAAAAAGUCUUACAACAACAGCUUUUCACACGAAGGCAGCGAAGAUGUACAGGGAACAACAAAAUAUACCCUUGAUAAUUUGGUACCAGGUACCAAAUAUGACCUUCGGGUGUAUGGAAUCUCAAAAUGUGGAAACAACGGAUUCCCUUCAUCUUUGGAAGUAGAUACAAAAAUAGGAGGUAAGCAAUAACAUGCAGGUAACCAUUUGACCCCAAGAGUGACUAACAUCUAAUUUCUCUUCACAAUAUCACCCUUGAAUCACACAAUGUGGUCACAAGAAUAAAGGAAAUGAUCACCUACUUCUGAUUAGGAAUGUAUGGGAUCAGUAUGGAGAAUAUGCAUCUUGAAAUUGAUGUAAAUAUUUUGCGAAUCAUAUUAUUACAUUUAUUUUAUUCCCAGAGCCAUUGGCUCCAGUUGUACUAUCACUGACCACCAGGAAGGUCGCUGAGUUGCAGGCUGAAAUUGAUCUGUGGCCUGCUGAACAAAGGAAUGGUCCAAUAAGGUGAUGGUUUUAUAGUUUGUGUCACAGAUUAGCUAAAAGCAUAAACUAUUAAUGAUACUCUCACCUGAGGAGGAUACAAUUCUUGCUUUCACUGUGCACAUAAUGAUGUUAAUCUUGUGUACAUAGUCCAUGAUAUGAGAAAGAUACAAUACCUUAAUUAGGUCUUUCGAACUUUAGUUGCAAUACCAGACUGGGUAAAAAUCUCCUUGUUGACUGUAACGUUAACAAAAUGCCAGUUCUGCAAUCAACAACAUUUCUGUUUAGGACUAUUCUUCCCAAGACGAUCAGAUCGCACAACUGGCUACUAUAUUGAACACAAACACAUAACUUUCCUGCAAAGUCUUUCGCAAAAGUUCCUAAGUGCUUAACUCAAGUCAUUAAAGACCAUCAAACAACCACCACCUUUCAAUACGGCGAUGACCGCAAUGAUGUUGACCAGAAUUUUGUUCGUUUUCAACAUUUCAGUGCUUAUCAAAUAAUCAUUCUUAAAGUCUCUGAUUGUGUUCAAGAGCUUCCCAAGGAUUUUCAUUUGAAGCUGAACGAUUUAAACGACGAAAAUUUGAACUUUCAUCCGUUUUACAUCGCUGCGGAAAUCGAAAAUGAUCCUGUGCAUGAGAAAUCUUGGAAAUUUACUGUUGGUGACGGGAAAUCGUAUGGAACUUUUAUCAACAAAGAACUGAGGAAAGGAGGAAACUAUUUUGCCUAUCAAAGAGCAAUAACUCGUUUCAAUGGUGUAAGUAAAUUUGGGUGUUGUUUAAUUGUUCUGUAAUUUAAAGUUGAUAAUCUAAACAUAAUAUCCACUUGAUGAAGAAAAUUAUUUUGGACCAAAGCAUGUUUUUACGUGCAGUCACACUUGCUGUUAGGGAUAAAUCUCACUUCCUUAUAUCAAUGAAUUUUAAGAUGUGUUUGUCACUUUUUGACCAUGUUUGGUUCACUUUCUAGCAAAUUUUGGAAGGAUAUGCCAGUAAAGUGGCCUCGAUAUCUGUCACACCAGGUAUGCGAGUUAACACUCACGUGAGACUUGAAAGUAAUUUCUCUAUCUUUUCAGUUUAGUGGGCUGUUAACUUUCAUGAGAGCUUUGUGACUUGGAGAGAAACUUCCCUUUUGGCAAGAGUCAAUUGUUACAGUUGCUCGGGCAAAUUGGAAAAAAGUUAAACUCAAGUAAUGGCAGAUCCUUGUUGAAGUCUGCCACUGUUUCAAAAGUUUGUGCCUGGCCUUAUUUCUCCCCUUCAACUGAAUAAGUUAGGUUUAAAACCUCGGCCACUGCAGAUUACGAAAAGCAAACUAACCUACCACCGUUGUUUUUGUGUUUACUAGAUAAUUCUUAUUCCGGUCUGCAUUUACAUUUGGUCACCUUUCAAUUCUUAUCAUAAUUAUCAUAGAAUAACAUCCUUUUUAGUAGAUUUUUUGUUAUUUUAUUUUCACUUAAAUGUAAAAUUUGUGCAACUUCCAUUGAUGUAAUUAACAAAAGCGCCUUGAGAAACGAGAAACGCCACAGUCUGGAUUAAGGGCAGGUUUUUUGUUCUCGCUUGCUCUUCUAUGAAUUUUAAUGUUUAACUAUUAUUUUCUUUCAAUCUGCAGAGUCACUUAAAUAUACUAAAGAAACCAUAAAGGGAGAUACCAGUGAGUAUUGUGGGGACACAAGAAGCUGGUAUUAAAUUUUUGAUUAAACAGCGCCAAUAAAUCCAUAAUUAAACAUCAUGUUGGAAUAAUCUCGUAAUAAUCAUUUGAUUCCUCUCAAAGCUAUCACUUGAUUCCUUCAUUAUUUUCUCCAAUUUUCAUGGAGACACAGAUUUUCAUAUCUGAUGUAAAUCCCUCCUAUUUUCUAACAGGUGAAUCCCAAGUCUUUCGGGCUGCUGUCAUCGCUCUUUGUUGCAUUGUUUUCUUCUUGCUCAUUGUGAUUGGUGCGCUAAUAUGGCGGUUGAGACGAACUGAGCUUAACAAAAAAGCAACCACAGUAAACAGUGGUAUCCCUGCCCCAUCUGGUGGUCAUCAAGUGUCAGAGCCUGGUGUUUAUAUGGAACUCCACCCUAGGCCUUCGGAAGGGAAGUCACGUGAACCUCCAGAGUACCAGUCAUUGCAGGACACUCAAGUGACUUCCAAUUAUUACAAUGUGGGAUUCAAGAGAGAAAGGUCAGGGAAGAAAGACGGUGGAAUUUACGAGAAUUCGCACAGUUGA